AUGACUUUCUAGUCAUAUGUUCUUUUUUCAUUCAGCCAGAACCCUGGAGGCCAUUGUGAAUGCCCUCGCCAUGUCUGGCGACACAGAAGAGGUGACCCGCCUGAGGAAGCCCCGCUUUUCCUAUGAGGAGAAUCAGAUCCUGAUCCGGGAAGUGCGUGCCCACUACUCCAUGCUGUAUGGGGCACAGGCACGCCGGCUGAGCGUGGCAGAGAGACGGCGCGUGUGGGAGGGCAUUGCCGCCAAAAUUAACGCCAUUACGAACUGGAAACGCACAGCUCAGGAAGUUCAAAAACGCUGGAAUGACUUCAAGAGACGGACCAAGGAGAAGCUGGCGCGGGUUCCCCAUUCCACCCAGAACGGCACAGCCGAGGAGGUUCUGACCGCAGAAGAAGAAACUAUAUUUGCUAUCCUGGGACCCGGAGUGGUACCCGGCCGGGAGGCCUAUAUUCCAGGGACACGGCCCAUGGUUUUGGCCAAUCCUCGAGACUCGACUGUUCCGGUGGAGGACUUCCUGGUGUUUACAAACCUCAUGGAAUAG